CUCAUUGUCAGUAUUUUCCACCUCAAGUCUGGCUCUUGAACAAAAACCUCACCGCCUUUUUUCUAAAAGGAAAAAAAGGAAAGGUCACAUACCCUAGAUUUCAGCAUUCGAAUCUCCAGUCAAGCAAAGACUGCAUACAUGGCUUUUGGAUACGAGAGGCCACAGUUGACGACGUUACCAACAUCACCACCACCACCUUGAGCGACUUGACCUUGGUAAUACACAUGAUUGAUGAUUGACCAUUUCAUAGUUCAGUCACGCAUCUCAUCAACGACCUCCUGAAGAGUCUCUCUCUCAAAAAUGGCCACCACACAGACCAUGACGAUAUCGUCAACGUCCACACACGCCACACCACCAGAACCUGAAAGUUUCGAACUCAGCUUCAAAUCUCCAGGAAGGUCAUUGAGGGAAAUAUCUCGUCGAGUCGUCAACGGCGGCACAUCAUCAUCAUCAUCAUCAUCGUCGCCGUCCCGGACCCAAGAGAAUUCAUCCUCUUCUGACGAAGAAGAUAAUAUUCGAGAUGAUGUCGAUCCACCUCCUACCGCACAGGUCGUGACACAGAGAUGGAACAAACCCAGAGGGAACGUUCCCCGUUUGGGUUUCGCAUUUUGGUCAUUUAUAAUUGCUGGCAUGAAUGAUGGUGCUGUCGGCGCUCUUAUACCAUAUCUCGAAUCGUAUUACUCGUUGAGUUACACCAUCAUCUCACUCAUCUUCUUGACCCCCUUCGCCGGCUACUCGUUGGCCGCCUUCACCAACGCCAGCAUCCACGCCCGAUUCGGUCAACGUGGGAUCGCCAUCAUGGCCCCGAUAUGUCACAUCAUCACCUACUCCGUCCUGGCCGCGCACCCUCCCUUUCCGGUCCUGGUGGUCGCCAACGCCGUGUCCGGGUUCGGGAACGGUUUGACCGACGCCUGUUUCUGCGCCUGGAUAGGCGUCAUGGACAACCCCAACGCCGUCCAAGGUUGUCUGCACAGCUGUUACUCCGUCGGCGCCCUCUUGGCUCCCUUGAUCGCCACGAGUAUGGUGGUCAAGGCCAAAAUGCCUUGGUGGAAUUUUUAUCUCGUCAUGGUCGGUGCGUCAGUACUCGAACUUUUCGGGCUGACAAUCACCUUUUGGCGCAAGACCGGGGAAUUGUACCGACGGGAACACCCUCGCGACGAAAUGACAGAGUCUUCGUCGGCAUCAGGGUCAGGGUCAGGGUCAGGAGGUGGGACGACGCGAGAGGCGCUCAAGUCGAAAAUCACCUGGUUGUGUGCCGCCUUCUUCUUCGUCUACAUGGGCAUCGAGGUCGGACUGGGAGGCUGGAUCGUCACGUUCAUGCUCCGGGUCCGAUCCGCCUCCCCGUCCGCCUCGGGCUACUCGGGUUCGGGGUUCUGGGCCGGGCAGGCCCUGGGCAGGGCGUGCCUGGGUUUCGUGACGGAGAGGUUCGGCGAGAGGGUCUGCGUCUCGGUCUACCUCGUGGCUUGUUUCGCCCUGGAACUGGUGUUUUGGUUGGUGCCGAAGUUCGUCGUCUCCGCCGUGGCGGUUGCUCUCCUGGGCUUCUUUCUGGGUCCCAUGUUCCCGGGAGGGGUCAUGAUGGCCGCCAAACUCCUACCCCGUCGCAUCCACGUCAGCAGCAUCGGUUUCGCCAUGGCCAUGGGGGGGACGGGAGGUACGGUCUUCCCUUUCGCGAUCGGAGCCAUCGCGGCCAGCAAAGGAGUCAAGGUCCUACAACCCGUCAUCCUCAGUCUCAUCGUCGUCCUCGUGGGGAUCUGGUUGAGUUUCCCCAAGGUGAAGAAGAGGGAGCAGUGAUGUUGUUUUUUUUUCGAGGGCAAAAACACCUGUAAACAGGACCCAUACACACUCGUACUCAUACAGCCACAACACAGAUAGAUGCCUAGGUGGUAUAGAACUCAUUACAUACGCUUACACACAACUUACACCAC